UCCUUCUUUUACCAAUCACAGCAUUAGCCAAUCGUAACCGACUCAAACAAACUUCCAAGCGCGCUCUUUUCCCUCAUUUCUGCCUGCCUGCCCUACGGUGGAGAGCUGCAGCUGCAAUUGAGUUGAAAGAUGGUGAGGACAAGACGGAGCGGCCGUGUGGAACCGGACACGAAGGAGCAGGUCUGCAGUGAUGACACCCAGCCCUCACAGGUCAAGGAUGCUGACCAGCCCAAAGAUUGUAAGAUGGUGACGCAAAGGAGGACAAGACGCAGGGGUCGUGUGGAACCGGACGAGAAGGAGCAGGUCUGCAGUGAAGGCGCCCAGUCCUCACAGGUCAAGGAUGCUGACCAGCCCGACGAAGAUGACCAUGAUACUGAUGAGCUGGAUGAAGAGGCCAGUUCUGAGUCCAGUACCGAGGGAGAGGACGGCUCACGACCUCCAAAGAGACGCAGGCGGAGCAGUCCACAGGCAGCCCAGCCGACCCAGUCAUGGAGGACAGAGGAGGACAGCGAUGAGGCUCCACCUGAACUGGCGUUCCACCCUGCAAGGACACCUGGUGCCCAGAUGAGCUCAGCGGACACACACACCCCACUUGACCUGUUUAAACUCUUCUUCACUGAGGAGGCUGUCAAAACUUUGUGUGACAACACUAACAAACAGGCUGCAAUUACCAUUGCAAACGGCGCCAAGUACAAGUGGACUGAUGUUGGCGUCAGUGAGUUUUACAAAUUCAUAGGACUGAUUUUCUACAUGUCUGUAAUAAAACUGGAACAUAUCGAAGAUUACUGGCGGCUGAAAAAUAUCUUCUCCAUACCAUUCCCAGCCACAGUGAUGGCUAGACAGAGGUAUAGAAGUAUCUCCGCGAAUAUUAAAAUGAGUGAUCCACACAAGGACCAGGAGAACGACAAGAAGAGUGGAACACCAGAACACGACAGCCUGUUCCAAGCUAGACCUCUGCUGGACACGAUCCGGAACGCCUGCAAAGCCCUCUACCACCCUCACAAGAACCUCGCUAUGCAUGACCGCGUUUCAGGAAGCAACCACUUCAGGUUAUUUGUGCUUGCCGAUGCAGGCAACGGAUACAUAGUAGAUCUUGCUGUGUUUACAGGAAAGCACAGCCGACACAUGGGGCGAAAAGUUUCGUGUGACGCUGUGCUGUCACUUGUGGACCAUUCCGUCUUGGGUUCUGGCUAUCACGUUUACAUGGACAUCUUCUUCACAAGCCCAAAGCUCUUCAGGGCCUUGCAUGGGCGAAACAUGGGUGCUUGUGGUAUGCACAGUUAUGGAAUAAAGAACUGUCCCCGGAGUAUAUCUAACGCCCUGACCAAGAGUUCGGGCAGAGGAGCGAUCAGAUGGAUCAGGGACGGCCCUCUGCUGUUUGUGAAGUGGAUGGACGCAGGAGAAGUGUGUGUCUGCUCCACGAUACACACCGCCUACACUGGGGACACCGUGCAGCGGACCGUGAGGUCAAGAAAAGGUGCGUCCACAACCAAGACUUACCCGUGCCCCUCACCUGUAGUGGACUACCACAAGCACAUGGGCGCCGUUGGUGUGUCAGACUUCGCAACACUGCACAAAACCUUAGAUCAGAACAGGAAGUUGUUCUUCCACUUCCUGGACAUGGCGGCCAGGAACGCAUGCAUCAUCUACAACGAGCUGGUCACUCAGCGGCAGCAGACGCCGCUGUCCUACAAGGCCUUCCUGAAGGAGCUGACCGUGCAGCUGUGUGAGGUGUCCAACAAGAGGACUCAUCACAAGCAGGUCAGCAGUGACCACGUGCCUGUUCCCGUGGUGGAGCCGCGUCCCGACGGCAAGCCUCACCCGACACACGGCCGCCAGAUCUGUGCACUGGGCAGGAAGAGCCGGGGCAAGAGGCACCACACCGCAUGGAAGUGCAAGGGCUGCGGGGUUCCCCUCUGCCUCAAGCUGGACAGGAACUGUUUUGAGGAAUGGCACAAAUCCACUUGAACUUUGAACUUUGUUACCAUAGGUGCCUCUCAUUCAGCGUUUAUACGUCCUCCCUCGCUCCUCGGGCCCCGAUCCUCACUGAUGUACAUAAAGAAUGAUGGGGCGGCAACAAUGGGAUAGUCUAUCCCUUCUUCUAUCUUUCUUUAUGUAGAUCAGUGAGGAUCGAGGCCCGAGGAGCGAGGAAGGACGUAAACUCUAAAUGAGAGGCACCCCCUGACUACAUGUGACCUUGAACAUGACUACAAUGUGACCUUGUGUAUGUGCUAUAGUAUUUUUGUUCUUGCUUUUGUUUACUUGUACAUGUGUGUGCAUAAUUGGUAAGCUUUUGUAUAUAAAUUUUGUAAGUUAUCUAUCUAUGGUGUUAUUUCAAUACAUUGUUAGUUUAUGAACUACCACCAGCAAGCACCAGAAAUGUACACAAAGUGUUUUGCUUUUGUCCUCUUAUGGACUUUAAGAAAGUUCUGGUGCACACAGUAAAGUCUGCUUUAUGCUCUAUGGCUGUUAUGAGGUCGUUACACUCUUCAGCCCAUACAGUGCACCCAAACAUACUUCAUUUGUUUAGGUUAAAAUGUCAAAAAACCUGAAACAUAUUGUCACCACUUUUCAGAAUUAUAUUGUCAUACA